AUGGGUAUACUAGCACAAUUCUCAGUCGCGGCCGUACAAGUUCCUCUUCCGGUAGCUGAACCUUGGACUUCAACGAAAGCAUUUCUUUGGCAGUAUGAACAGCUGCUUUAUGUCUUACUGUCGGUGCGAUCGCCGUUUGGCGUCGGUUCCAUGCGCCCACAGGUCCCAAAGGAAAUGAAAAGUUCCACUCGGAUUUACAGCCCUACCCGCGCCACGCCCGCUGCUUGGUACACUAUUGCCAACCCUGUAGACCCCGUGACAGAAAGCCACGACCCUCGCCCAACCCAGGCAAUUGAUUUGGCGCCCUGAACCUUCCGGGUCCAUGAAUGCCCAGCCUCAAAAAGAGAUGUCGUUUGGGUAAUUGGCGUGUAAUUGGGAGGAAGCCGCCAGCCAUCUCGCGCCUAACAAGGUGACAACACAGAGCCCUAUGCUCCCUCAUAACCUCGAGAAAAC